ACAAUGCUCCGCUGCUCGUCAAUAGUUUUGAGCUUCGCGAUCACAGCGGCCCUCGAAGUAAACUAUUGGCCACUUCCGGACAGUGACGGUCGCGAGGCGACCUUCAAGGUCUCGCCGGAUGAUCAGGAGGUGAACUUGACGUGGUGUGAGAUGAGGGAAGGCGCUUCUUGCGAAAGCUAUGGUCCUGUGAAAGGAGAACACAAUGUCACCGAUCUCCAGCCCUUCACAAAAUAUAACGUGACGGCCGAAGCUGGCAGCAGGAACGAAACCGCCGUAAAAGUUUUCCAAUCCGACUAUGGCACCCCAGCGACUCUCCUCAACAUCACUGUGGUCGAAGUCAAAGCGUUCUGGAUCGCGCUGAGCUGGACUGCUUUGGACCACUUGAAGCUCUACGGACCCCCGACGGGAUACAGACUCCAAUUUUGCAACUCGAGCUGCGAUGAAGUCGAGACGAGAGAAGCCAAAGUAGAGCUGAGCGGGCUCAAACCCCAGACGAUGUACACCAUCCGCAUAUGGACCUUCAACAAAAAUUCGUUUCAUCAUCGAUUGGAGAACCCCGUCGUCGUGUCUUCCUGUCAGGCAACCACUGCACCGGACUCUCAAACUUCCCUGAUUUUUGUAAUCGCGGGCUCGGCAGGCGUCCUCGCUGUCGGGCUAGGUUUCAUGAUUUACAUGCGGAAAUCCAGGAGCAACCGUCGAAAGGUUUAUCGCUUCAAUGUAGUACGAACCUACGACGGGGACAUUCAAGUACCCUCUACUAGGAAUAGCGUUUAGUGAUUAGAUGUAUUGUAUCUUCUUGUGUAUAGCUCUUUCGGAGCACUCGACCAAUAAUGGCAACCGUCUAUUUUGUCAUACGAUUUCACCCAAAUGUCCACGCGUAGUGGUACUCGUCGAUUGCUGACUCGGUAUAAAUAUUGUACAUGAUGAUU